GAGAGGGCGGGCAACCGAAACAAACUGUCAAUCAAGCUAUCCUUCUCGCCUCUACCAUGUCCCCCAAUGAUCAAGCGUAACAGCACUGCUAUACGAGUCAGAUCGAGCUAGAAAACCGUGAAAAUCUGCAUCAAGGUCACCGGUUUCGAUUCAUGUCGAAUCUACUGUAGACAAUCUAUGUUCCUGGCCGCAUGAGGGGAUAAAAUUCGAUCGAAAUUUCGCAUUCGCUGUGGAAUGGACAGCACCUCUAUCAUUACACAAGUCAGCCGCGACGACGAAACAUUAAAUAUAAAUACGCAUCGCGUUGAGCAUGUACAAGGUGAGGGUUUUAAUAUAGAAUACGAAGUAUAGUGUACUGGGGUUGUAUGCAUUUAAUUCCCUUGGGAAUAUAUUAUGCGAAUGUUGCGAAGGGCUUUAUACGAUAUAUUCUAUGUACAUUGUUUUGUUGAUAGUCGGCGAUCGUAAGAUCAAAAUUGUCACUGAUUAAUGUUUAGCCCGUGGCUGUUCAUUUACUGCGAAAGCCUGUUCAUAAUGUACGAUUUAUCAGGUAGAGUUAGCCAGGUCUAGGCCAGGGAGAUAUAUCAUAUUCAAAGAAUAUAAAUCUCUGUGUUCGCUAUUAUUUAGCGUUUAUCUAUCUUGUGUACUGAUUUUUAAUUCUCGUUUCAAGUGUCGCGGAAGUCGACUACAAAGAAACGACGUCGCCGUGGUUUCCUAUCAUCGUUAUUUUGCUGCUUUGGUAGCAGAAGUCACAACUUAAACCAGGACAUAAAAAGCAAUGGGUCUACAUUGACAAGUCACGAAACGCAGCCGGCAGUUCCCAGCGCGGAAGAGAAAGAAAACAAGGUGACGCCGGAAUAACUUUAGAUUUUUCAAUUUACAUUUCGAUUCAAAUUUAAUGAUUUUUACCAGGUGCUUGACAAAACACACAUGUGUCAGUUGCACGGUGUCUUGUUCAUUUAAAUUCCUAGCAUAAACCGUGAGGUUUUGCCAUUACCUGUUGGAAAAAAGCCUGCACGAAACAAUCAUUUAGUUAUAGGUUGUCAAUGCAAAUCGCGCCAAGCGUGCUGUAUUCGAUUUCAAGCAAGCGCUAGCAAGGCGCCUUUGUCGAGAAAAAAAUGGUCUUGUCAAUGUAUAAACGCAAACUUGUGCUACUUUUCGGCUACAAAAGCUCCGAAAUUAGCGUCGACAUAUAGUAAAUAGUUUAUAGUUUAUACGAGAGUAUAGGGUUUUCAUUAAAAUCUUGAAUUCACAGGGGUUAUAUUAGAUUUUCAGUGCGUAUGUAUAUGUAAUUGAAAUAUACAAAGUUGUCAAUUUCAUAUUAUGCACUGGAAUAUAUUGGAAAUGUUCGAUCAAUUUUAGCUUGAAAUGAAUCAUUUGUUUCGGCUUUAGAUGUUACUUUGAUGUUUUGAGACUUUUGACGGCAUAUAUAGUAACUGCGUGCGAAAUAUCGGCUUUUUAAUAUAAAUAUCAACGCUGUUUCGAGUAGUUGUUUUCUUAAUAAUCCAAGCGAUUAAAGUCUUUACACUGUUGUUGACAUUUUUUGGUAGAAUUAUCGCUUAGAAAUUCAUCCUAUCGCUUGCACGAAUGAAAAGAAUUUUCCCUCAUGAAACUGUGCCAAAAACAAUUUACAUUUGUAAAGAGCUUUUGAAUUUAAAUUCAUCAACUGUCUGCCCCAAACGUUCCUCUAAAAGGAAUGCGUUGUCGUCGCGGUUUGAAUUGAAACUUCGAGUGUAUAAAGUUGCAAACGAAUUUGCUUAAAAUCGCAAGCAAUUUCCGUUCAAAAUAUUGCUAAUUUCACACAAAUUUGUUCCCGCAAAUAGUUUAUUUUCAUAGCGGUAUAUUAAGCACUUUAUUUACGUAUAUUAUGCUUGCUUAAAACAAGGUGAAAUCGCUUUUAUUUGAUGUUUUUAUCAGCAAAUUUGAUAGACAUACUCGUAGCAUGAUUAUAUUUGAAUAUUUUAUUCUAUUUUGUAUUAACCACGAAAAGUUAUCGGUUUGGAUGUAAAACAUUUUAGUUUCAUAUUAAAUGCGGCCGACAAGUAAUAAAGAAUUCUAAACGGAAAUAAUUUUUAUAUCUGAUGCAAAUUGCAUACCAAAAUACAAUUAAGAAUUUAAGAGCCCACACGUGUUUGUGAAGAGUCUCAAAUUAGAAUGCUGCUAAUAUUCUAAUGUAAAAUACCCAAAUAAUGUUCCACAUAAAAUCGGUUUUAUUAUAAACCAGAUUUAUUCAGCAAAAAUAGGUGUUUUGGCCAGUGUUUUAUGAAAUUCUUCAAUAGAUUUAGCCAUUUAGGGCAGUAUAAAUCCAUUAAGUCCAACAUAUGCAAGAAAAUUUAGUAAUUUACAAUGCUUUACAACAAUAUAGCAUUAUCUGCCUACAUAGACGGCCCAUUAUUGUAAAUACGAUAGAUAAAAGUUUAUUUAAUGAGGGUACAAGCCUGGUCAGCAUAAGCUAAUCUUGUCUAAAUAGAGGAUUCAGCAAAUAGAUAUUUUCUAUCUCGGAAAUUUAAAUACAACUUGAUAAUUCUCUGCAAUUUCCCUUGGUGUUCAAACUCUUCUCUCACAGUAAAUACCCAAAAUACUUAGAGUGUCUGAUAAAUGACUGAAACGCUAAAAGCCUGUUCACGGUUUGUAGCUUGGCGGUUAGAGUCCACUGUAAACUCAGGUCUGGGGGUUUGAUUCCUGCCCAAUGGCCUCAGAGAUGCCCCUGGUCAGGUCUGUGGCCUCAGAGAUGCCCCUGGCCAUGUUGUUUCAGAUGUAGAAUUUCUGAUGCAGAAUUCUGUUGUAGAAUUUCCAUACACAGAGGCUGUCAGCAUUAAAAUAUAUACACACAGCAGGGCUCAAAAUACUGGUAAAAAGAAAAUAUGACUGGGCAGGUCAAAUGCAUGGUGGCAUGCAAUUUAUAUUUUUGAACUGUCAGAAUUAAGUCUCACAAGGCUGUGAAAAAAUGAAUGUUAAUUUUCUCAAUGCAUUUUGAUAAUUUAUGUAUAUUUCCUUACUCGUUAUUAACACUAAAAAUUAGUAUGCAGCAAGCAUAUGAAAUGACACAUCAUUCUUCCAUUUCUCACUUUUGGCCCAGUUAAAAAGCGAGCCAAGCUUUCCUCCCUGAACAAACCCAUUACAUUUUUUGUAGGGAAAUCAUCUUUUACCGAAUCCAAGACAAGAUCAUAUACACAAGAAAUGUGUAGUAGUUGAUUUAGAUGAAACACUCGUACACAGUUCGUUUAAGGUAUUUUAUAAGUACAUUUUUUAAAUGAACAUUUUAACUUGUUAUCUUUGAUGUCUAACAUGUUCCCCUUGAAGAGUAGAACCAUCUGGCAAUAAGUGUUUUAUAACAAGUGUUUUAUGUGGCAUUAGUUUUAUUUGUCAAUUGCACGUGUGUGUUUUUACAACAAAUGUUCCAUGACAAAUUCACAAUAGCUACUCUAUAUAGCAUGCUCCACCGCAUGCACAUGCUAAAACUACUUUGUCAAAUGUUCUUAAUUUGUUGACCCAUACACACAAGAAAAAUUGCUAUUUUUGCUAUAUACUAUGCUAUUUUUUUCUAUAACAAGUGCACUUGUUCUAAAGCUAGUAUGCACUUAGCGUACUUGUCGUAGAAAAACAUGCUAGUGUUCAACAAGCGUAAUUGAUGAUUCCAGCGAUAUAGUAAAUUUUGAUCUAGGCAAGAACGACGAAAUCCGUUACCACAGCUAGAAAAAUUAGUAAAAGUACAAAGUUUGGUUUGUAAAAUGUUGUAAAAUGAGGAAGAUAUACCCCUGUGAAAUUUUCAAAUUUUGUAUUAUUUUUUGUAUUACGCAAGGGAAAAUGCACCACAUCUGGGCCAAAAGUGGUGCAUUUCGCUAAUUUUAAGAUGCUCUUUCUAGCUGUGGUGAUGGAUUUCGUUUUUCUUGCCUAGACCAAAAUUAAGUCUGCAGCUGGAAUCGUCCAUUUCGUUAGAAAAACGUGCAAGCCCACAAAUUGUAUUCUAGCAACCCAAUACUGAAGAUACUAUCACACAUAAUAUUAUUUUCCAACUUAAUUACUUGAUCUUACAAUAUAAGAUAUCUUAACUAUGACACCAGUAGAUUGCCAGACAUGAUAUCAGGUACAAUUUAUUCUUAUUUUGCUGUUUAUUUUAGCCUGUUAGUAAUGCUGAUUUUAUUGUUCCAGUAGAAAUAGAUGGCACUGUCCACCAGGUUGGUUUACACUUGACAAUCUAUAUUUCGAUGACCUUAGCAUGGUUUAAAUAUGUGAGAAAAAAUGUUUUUCAUGAUGAUGUACUUUCUUUUUGUAGGUCUAUGUUUUAAAAAGACCCCAUGUAGAUGAAUUUUUAAAAAAAAUAGGAGAGAUGUUUGAAUGUAUUUUAUUCACAGCUAGUUUGGCAAAAGUAAGUUUCAGUGCAUUUUUUAAAAAUAAAACAAGAAAAUAUCGUAACACCAUAACAUUUCUCCUUGACAAAUAAAGUUGUCGGGCAUGACACCAGAAUAAAAUGUCUGUGGUACAGGGGCAUACUGUGCCUUAAUAGGAAUAGCCUUAUUAAUUUAAGGGAAGUUAAUAUGUAAUUACUUUUUUCUAGUAUGCCGAUCCUGUAGCUGAUCUUUUGGAUAAACACGGGACAUUUGUAUGUAGACUAUUUCGAGAUUCAUGUGUAUUUCACCGAGGGAAUUAUGUAAAGGUUUGUCAAAUAUAUUUUUGCACACACAAACCUCUUCGACCUUUUCUUCACUUUAUCUGUGCAUCAGAUGUUACAUAUGUACACAGGGCUUGGAAUAACGUUCCCAAAGUUCCCAAUCAUGGUGAUCGGCAGUCAUGACUUUCCCUGCUUUUUCAGGUUGGAAACCCUGCUUUUCCACCGAUCAUAAGCAAUUUCCUACCGAUCAUUGAUCGGCUGUUAUUUCAAGCCCUGGUACACGACAGUAGAUUAAAAAUCUUAAAGAUUAAAAAUCUUUAAUUAACACAUUGAGCAAGUGCUCUCCCCUUGACAAGUAAAAGUGUCUGUCAUUAGGCAGAGUAAAGUAAUAAAGUAAGGUGCAAUGCAACUUAACAAGCACAUGGGCAGAUAGUGCGAUUAAUUAACCCAUUGAGCACGAGCUGUUUCCCAUUGACGAGUAAAAUUGUCUGGUGUUAGUCAGGGCAAAAUAAUAAAGUAGGGCGCAAUGCAACUUAGCAGGUUAAAUAUUGGCCUGGAAAACGAGAGACAAGUUUUAAAUAAACAAUAAAUCAUUCAAUCACCUUUAAAAUUUUUAUGUUUUUAGGAUCUUAGCAAAUUGGGACGGGAUCUAAAUAAUGUUGUCAUUAUAGACAACUCACCUGCGUCAUAUAGUUUUCAUCCUGAAAACGCUGUAAGUAUUGAAAUGCCAAAUCUGGCAUCACUUUUAAAAAUGAUUACUGAAAUUUUUUUUUAUAUAAACAUAUUUUAAUAGUUUUUUUUUUGCAUUUGCCCAAGAGCACAAAGGCUCAUCUAUAGGGCUCACACAACAUUUACAUGAUUUUUGUUACACACUCUAUACAAUAUUAACCAACAGAUAUAACACACAACAAAAAAGAAAUAGAAGAAAUUCUGCAGAAAUAGACGGGUUUCAGACUGACUUAUAACUCAGACUAAGAGAAACGUUUAGUUAGUUUUAUAUACAGUUGAACAUAUUUAAAAAUAAAUUGAUUCUCAGAAUAAUUCAGCUGUGGAGAUCCACGUAGAAGUAUAUUAACUUUACGUGAUUCUGACAAAAAGAGAAAGUCAUCGCCAUAGACUUGUGCAGCAUUUGAGAGUAGGUUAUGUCUUAGAGGCAUUUGAGAGUAGGUUAUGUCAUACUGAAUGGUUGUCAGUUGUUAAUUAAAUUCUUCCUCUAGAUUCCAGUUGUGUCCUGGUUUGAUGACUAUAACGAUACGGAGCUACUGGAAUUAGUACCAGUGCUGGAAACGAUAAGUAACGUUGAUGACGUUCGGGAACAACUGAAAUAUCUCAAUCAUAACUCACCAUAUAACUCAGGACUAUAUUAUUUAAAUGGUCAAUAACUAGCUCAAACCCAAUUAUCGCUGCUGCUUCUGGUGAAAUAUCCAGUUUUAUGGACGAAAAGCUCAGACCAGACCGAGCUGCAUCCUUGUCUCUUAUUUGAUGAAAAGACCUGGGCCAAUUGUUUUGGAAAUGUUGGCCUAAAUGGACCAGUCCGUUUGGUUUGAUCCAAAUUUUCCCAGUCCGUCCAAAUCCCAGAGCUGUGUAUCAAUGAACAAUUUGAUCGAAAUGGAAAGCACCUUUCAUAUAACAAUUUUUACAGCUCGUUACAAAAACAUUCACAUAGAUAGCCUUUGAAGAAUCAAAUAUCAAAUGUGUUGAGUAAAUCAAUAAGGGUGCAAAGUAUAGCUUGCAGCAGUAGUAUAUAGUUCAUAUAGAAUCAGAAUUUCGGGUGUAAUCAUUUCUAGACACUAAUAUUUUUGUACCUGUGUACAUCUCAAAAUUUUGAAAUGAUAUUUUAACACUGUGAAAUUUUACAACAAACUACGAAAAUUAUUACAAAGAACUGACAGAGUUGAACAAUGUUUCAAUUUCUCAGUUGGGCAGACACAUGAAGACAAUUAAUUCUGAACUAUAUGCAAUUGCGAUCGAAUUCAUGCAGAGGUGUGAGUGCAUGGUUCCAAAUUCAUGCGGACACAGGGGGCGUAGUUCUAAAACAGUCCCAGGGCCUAAUCAUACAUUUUUACGUCACAUGUCAAAAGGCUGUGAAUACGAUUGCUGUCAGUUCUUUGUGGCAUUUUUUUAGUAUGGCAACAAGCCUUUCAUCAAAAACAAAUGUUAUUAUAUGUAUUGUACAAAGUAAUAUUUCUAUAUAUGAUUUUUCACAGAGUAUUUUUGUACAGACAUUUUUAGUGCACAUUGUCACAGUACAAUGUAGUACUGUGGUGUAGCAAAUAAUUUCAAACACAUUUUUGUAUAUAUUCAUAAAAUAUUUUAAUUUUUAAUGUAGUGUCACUUGAAUUAAGAUACUGUCAAGAAAUUUUUAAUUUUACUUUUUAAAAUAAGAUAUAGCAAGAUACCCAC